GACGAGAUGUUCUCCCUGUCGGAGCUGGCUCCCCUGAACCAGCACCAGAGCAGCUGCAAGCUGCUCAAGCCGUGGUGGGAGGUCUUCAUGGACCACCUGGUGGUCCUCAUGCUGCUGACCUCGGUCCUGGCCUGCACCGAGCAGCUGUCCCGGGACCGGGUGGUGUGCAUCCCCCUGGAUCCGCCGCCGCCCGCUGCCAACGGGAGCUCCCGCGGUCCUGCAGACGCCUCGUCCCCCGGGCCCCGCGGCGUCGGUCCGGAGCUGCAGGGUCGACGCACACAUCUGGUUUACCAGCAGUACAUCUACAUCAGCCAGGUGUGCUACCACGAGGCCCUGCCGCUGUGCUCCCGGUUCUUCCCCUACAUGGCGCUGCUGCAGUCCCUGCUGCUGGUCGCCGCCGGCUCCUUCUGGCUCCACUUCCCGCUCACCUCGUCGCGGGUCGAGCAGUUCCUGGCCGUCCUGGCCAAGUGCUGCGAGUCUCCCUGGACGUCCCAGGCCCUGUCGCGAGCCGCCCGGCAGGAGGGCCUCCGGGGGGAGCGGGAGGAGGGGGAGAAACCCGCGGCCUCCCGGACCAGACGCUCCAGCCUGGACAGUCCGCUCCUGAAGAGGUGGGACGGGGCGUCCCCCUCCCCGUCCCCCUGCCCGUCCUGUCGCUCCUCCGUCUCCUCCUCGUCCCUGGGCUCCCGGGGGACCGUCCCUCCCUCCGGGCCCCCGGUCCUGGUGGACGGCCCCCGGCAGGACGUCAGUUUGGACAGGAGUGACGAGGAGCAGGCCCGGGCGCUGUUCGAGAGGGUCAGGAAGUUCCGCUCUCACUGCGAGAGCUCAGCCGUCAUUUUCAAGGUUUACUUGGCUCAGACGGUGUUCAAAGUGCUGAUGGUGCUGCUGAUCAUGAGCUACACCCUCCCCCUCCUCAGCUCCUUCACGUUCAACCACACCUGUCAGCCCGAGGAGCGCCCCCUGGUGGGCUACGCCACCUUCCAGUGUAUCCACGUCCUGUCCUCGCUGCUGCGCAAACUGCUGCUGGCCUACCUGAGCCUGCUGGGCCUCUACGGCCUGCUGAACCUGUACACGCUCAGCUGGAGCUUACACAGCUCCUUGCGGCAGUACUGCUUCCACUCUCCAAAGGACCUGCGCUUCAUGAGGGACGUUCCCGACCUUGGAAACGACCUCGCCUUCCUCAUCCACAUGCUGGACCAGUACGACCCGCUGCUGGUGCAGCGGCUCUCCGUCUUCCUGUCGCCGGGCAGCGAGAGCCGGCUGCUGGAGGAGAGCCUGGAGAGGCGCUGGGGGGAGGAGGAGCUGCGAGGCCUGACCUCGCUGGACGCCGACGGCCGCUCCGCCCUGCAGCUGGUGGCGCUGCCCCGUCUCCCGCCGGCGCUCUUCAGCCUCGGGCAGCUUCACGUGCUCAAGCUGGAGCUCAUCGCAGACGCCCGGUUCACUGCGCAGGUGGCCAACAUGGCGGCUCUCAGGGAGCUCCACCUUCACCACUGCUCCCCGGCGGUGGAUCCCACCGCACUGGCUGUUCUGCAGGAGCGUCUGGAAGUCCUCCAGCUCACCUUCACUCAGCCUUCACAGAUCCCCGGCUGGGUCCUGUCCCUCCGCAGCCUCCACGAGCUCCACCUGUCGGGCCGUCUGAGCGCCGAAGGCGGGGUGGGCCGCGGCUGGGCGCUGGGGAGCCUCCGCCAGCUGCGUCACCUGCGCGUGCUGGUGAUCAGUGGCGCGCUGCAGAGGAUCCCCGGGGAGCUGUGCGAGGUGGCGGGCAGCCUGACCCGGCUGGAGAUCCUGAAUGAGGGCACCAGGCUGCUGGUGCUGACGGGCCUGAAGCGGGUGGCCGACCUGACGGAGCUGCGGCUGCAGGACUGUCAGCUGGAGCGCCUGCCCACCGCCCUGCUGGCGCUGACCCGCCUGCACACGCUCGACCUCCAGCACAAUAACCUCCGCACCCUGGAGGAGCUGCUCGGUUUGGCUCACCUGCGUCGUCUCUCCUGCCUGAGGCUGGGCUACAACCGGGUGGUGGCCCUGCCGCCCAGCGUGGGGGUCCUCCGGGGCCUGGAGCUCCUGGACCUGUCCAACAACCAGCUGCAGAGCCUCCCCCCGGCUCUCUUCGCCCUGCGCCGCCUCCGCAGGCUCCUGCUGGCCGGGAACCUGCUGGAGGAGCUCCCCGGCGAGGUGAGGGCGCUGCAGCUGCUCACGGAGCUGGACCUGAGUGGGAACCGGCUGGAGAGCCUGCCCUCUGACCUCUGCAGCGGCUGCACUGAGCUGCGAGUUCUCAAUGUGGCUCACAACGCUUUGAGUUCGAUCCCCGGAGGAGUGGCGGCUCUGGCUCGGCUGAGCAGGUUGGACCUGCGAGGGAACUGUCUGCAGGGACUGCCGGCCGAGCUGGGCUGCUGCUCCGGGCUGCAGGGCGGAGGCCUCCUGGUGGAGAACUGGCUCCUGCGCUCUCUGCCCUCACACGUCAGGGACCUCCUGAGCCAGUCUGCCGCCCCGCCUGCUGCUUCCUCUGAGCCUCAGUCCAGGCCGGAGUCCGACAGCUUCCCAUACUUCUACCCGACACAGUGGAGCUUCUCCUCCGCUCUGGAGUCACGCAUCUAAAGACAAACAGCCGCUGAUGCCAGUAAUCUGCUCCUACUAAUGCUCGUUUGCACUAUAAUAAAA